GGGCGGCAGGGCGGACGGCGGCGGGCGCUCCGGGGCGGCCGGCGGGCCGAGCGCCGCGCGUCCCGAGCAUGGCGGGCUCCCUCCCUCCCUGCGUGGUGGACUGUGGUACCGGGUAUACCAAGCUUGGCUACGCAGGCAACACUGAGCCACAGUUCAUUAUUCCUUCAUGUAUCGCCAUCAGAGAGUCGGCAAAGGUAGUUGACCAAGCCCAAAGGAGAGUGCUGAGGGGAGUUGAUGACCUUGACUUUUUCAUAGGGGACGAAGCCAUUGAUAAACCUACUUACGCUACAAAGUGGCCCAUACGACAUGGAAUCAUUGAAGACUGGGAUCUUAUGGAAAGGUUCAUGGAACAAGUGGUUUUCAAAUAUCUUAGAGCUGAACCUGAGGACCAUUAUUUUUUAAUGACAGAACCUCCACUGAAUACACCAGAAAAUAGAGAAUAUCUUGCAGAAAUUAUGUUUGAAUCGUUUAAUGUACCAGGACUCUACAUUGCAGUUCAGGCAGUGCUGGCCUUAGCUGCAUCUUGGACGUCACGACAAGUUGGUGAACGCACGUUAACAGGGAUAGUCAUUGACAGCGGAGAUGGAGUCACCCAUGUAAUCCCGGUGGCAGAAGGUUAUGUAAUUGGAAGCUGCAUCAAACACAUCCCGAUUGCAGGUAGAGAUAUUACGUAUUUCAUUCAACAGCUGCUAAGGGAGAGGGAGGUGGGAAUCCCUCCUGAGCAGUCACUGGAGACGGCAAAAGCCAUUAAGGAGAAAUACUGUUACAUUUGCCCUGAUAUAGUUAAGGAAUUUGCUAAGUAUGAUGUGGAUCCCCGGAAGUGGAUCAAACAGUACAUGGGUAUCAAUGCGAUCAACCAGAAAAAGUUUGUUAUAGAUGUUGGUUACGAAAGGUUCCUGGGACCCGAAAUAUUCUUUCACCCAGAGAAUGUCGUCCUUUCCGGAGGCUCGACAAUGUUCAGGGAUUUUGGACGUCGACUGCAGAGAGAUUUAAAAAGAGUGGUGGAUGCCAGAUUAAAGCUCAGUGAAGAGCUGAGCCGUGGCAGAAUAAAGCCGGAGUUCUUUCAGGUCUGUCACACCAAGAAGGACUAUGAGGAGUAUGGUCCUAGCAUCUGCCGCCACAACCCUGUCUUCGGCGUCAUGUCUUAGUGCCUGCCCUGAGCCCGUCGUUCUGGAGCUUCUCGUUGGGCAAGGAGCGUCCUGCAGAACCAGGCCGACUGUGGCUCCUGUACAUAGGGCUGCAGCGCCGCGCCCAGCAGCCAGCUGGGCCACCCUGUGCACGAGGCGCAGAGCCACUCGGGACAAGCCAUUUCUCUACUUGCCGAUGUCAUGUGCCCCCCUCCCCAGCUCCCCCUUGGUCUCCCCUCCUCCCCACCUGAGCUUCUAGUUGACAAGUACAGUGCAAAAGGAAUUCACACGCAGCUUUAAAGAUUGUUGGAGAAGAAAAACAUGAGCAGAUGGUGCAAAAUAGGCCCCCCUGGAAAGAAUGUGGGGUGUAAACCCUUUUUCUCCCAGCCUAUUUUUGUAAAUAAAAUGUUAUAAACUUGAAAUACAAA